GAGAAAGUCUCCGCCGUUUAGGUGGUUGUUUUCUUUAUUUGUUUCUCUUCUUUCUUUUUUCCUUUCUUUCUACAUCAAGCAAUUGAAUACGUUUCUCAUUCUUUCAGCUGGUGGGUGUCGAUCCAUUAUCAUUUUCACCCCCCACUUUUUUCCACUUUCGUUUCUGAUUCUUUCUCAAUAAUCUGAACAUCUUCAAGGCUUUUUGGGUUGAUUGAUUUCAUGGAUGUCUAAUCAGUUAGCACUGAUCUUAGGUUGACAUCAAGCACUUAUUUGUAUAUUAUUCACUGCAAAUCUGUUGAAACUACUACUCUUUUCAUGGAUUUCUGCCUACUUGUUUGAUGGGUUCGAGUGAUUUUUGGUUGUGAUCUUGUUAGAUUUGAUCUGGGUUAUUGAUAAUUUCGUUUAUAAAUCAGUUGUUAAUUGAUUAUAGGGAGGUUUGGGGUGAUUGCGAUUGUGAUUGUCAGUGUGAAAGCAAUAUAGAGUUAUUAUUUUGAAAAUUUUGAGUUGAUUUGGUUAUGAUUAUGAGAAAUUGAGGUGAAUUUUGGUUGUGAGGCUCUUGAAUGGCAGGAGAAGAAUUGAUUGAGCUCAAAUUCAGGCUUGCCGAUGGCACCGACAUCGGGCCGAGCAGUUAUAGCCCUGGUACCACUGUGGGAUUUCUCAAAGAAAGGAUAAUUGGACAAUGGCCUAAAGAUAAAGAAAAUUGUCCAAAAACUAUAAAUGAUGUGAAGCUUAUUAAUGCGGGAAAGAUACUGGAUAAUAACAGGACACUUGCUGAGUCCAGACUCCCUGUGGGUGAACUUGCAGCAGGGAUCAUCACUAUGCAUGUUGUUGUUCGUCCUCCCAUUUCAGAAAAAAGUAGUGAAAAAUUUCAGGAUGAUUUCCCAAAGAAGAGUAGCAGAUGUUCAUGCUCAAUCCUGUAAAGCCAAGUGACAAGAUUGACAAAGCUUCUACAGUUAGAUUUUGUUUCUCUCCGUGUGUUUCUUUUUGAUGGUUGCUGAGAUGAAUUCCGAAAGCUCUACGGAUGUCAGGUAUAUCUGGAUUUCAGAAAGAAGAAUCUUGGAGAGGUCAGGCAUGGCUGUUGUCUGUUUGCUUUCGUCUUCUGGUUCCCUACAGUAAAAUACCCUGAAGUUCCUCCAAAGUAAAAAAUAGAAGAAAUUACGUACCUUGUCGGAAAUUAAAAGCUUCGUAGAUCAAGAGAGCUUUCUUGGAACCUAAAAAAUAAGGAGAGGACAAAGUGGAAAGAGAGAGUUGAAAUAAUUCACCAUUGGUUUGAUUUGUUUUUCUUUACCUUUUUUCCCCCUUUUUAAAAAAAAAAUUUCUUUCCGAACGGGUACAAUGAAAAAUUGUUCUCAUGACAUGUAAACCAUACUAGACAUUGAUAAUUUGUUUAUGUUUAUUUCAAAUUGGAGUGCUUUAUUUGAA